GCGGCCGGGCGGGCCGGCUGGCUGGGAAGAUGGCGCCGGGAGCCCUGGCCGUCGCGGUGGAGCGGGCCCAGGGAGGCCGGGCAGCGCUGGCCGGGGCCGGGGCCGGGCCAUGAGCGCGCCGCCCUCGCGUCCCGGAGCCGCGGAGCCCGCCCGCGCCCCUCGCCAUGGCGCGGCUCGCGGACUACUUCGUGCUGGUGGCGUUCGGGCCGCACCCGCGAGGGAGUGGGGAAGGCCAGGGCCAGAUCCUGCAGCGCUUCCCAGAGAAGGACUGGGAGGACAACCCGUUCCCCCAGGGCAUCGAGCUGUUUUGCCAGCCCAGUGGGUGGCAGCUGUGUCCUGAGAGGAACCCACCAACCUUCUUUGUUGCUGUUCUCACUGACAUCAACUCCGAGAGGCACUACUGCGCCUGCUUGACCUUCUGGGAGCCGGCAGACCCCACACAGGAAGCGGCCUGCGCCGAGGACGCUGCCGAGAGGGAGGAGGAAGUGGACGAGGGGGGUCCUCUGCGACUGUCCCCCUCGGUGCCUCAUCCGUCUGGCCGACUGUUUGCACCAAAGACACUGGUGCUGGUGUCUCGACUGGACCACGUGGAGGUGUUCAGGAACAGCCUGGGUCUCAUCUACACCAUCCAUGUGGAGGGCCUGAGCGUGGGCCUGGAGAACGUCAUUGGGAACCUGCUUACAUGCAUCAUCCCCCUGGCUGGGGGCUCGCAGAGAACCAUCUCGCUGGGGGCUGGUGACCGGCAGGUCAUUCAGACCCCGCUGGCUGACUCGCUGCCUGUCAGCCGCUGCAGUGUGGCCCUGCUCUUCCGACAGCUAGGCAUCACCAACGUGCUGUCUCUGUUCUGUGCCGCCCUCACGGAGCACAAGGUGCUCUUCCUGUCUCGCAGCUACCAGAGGCUCUCCGACGCUUGCCGAGGACUCUUGGCCCUGCUCUUCCCUCUCAGAUACAGCUUCACCUACGUGCCCAUCCUGCCGGCGCAGCUCCUGGAGGUCCUCAGCACUCCCACGCCCUUCAUCAUCGGCGUCAACGCUGCUUUCCAGGCAGAGACCCAGGAGCUGCUGGAUGUGAUUGUUGCUGAUCUUGAUGGAGGGACGGUGACCAUCCCUGAAUGUGUGCACAUUCCACCCCUGCCAGAGCCGCUGCAGAGUCAGACACACAGCGUUCUGAGCAUGGUCCUGGAUCCAGAGCUGGAGUUGGCAGAUCUUGCCUUCCCACCACCCACAAUGCCCACUUCCUCACUGAAUAUACAGGACAAGGAACUGCGCGCCGUCUUCCUGCGGCUCUUUGCUCAGCUCCUGCAGGGCUACCGCUGGUGUCUGCACAUGGUCCGUGUCCACCCUGAGCUCGUCAUCCGCUUCCACAAGGCAGCCUUCCUGGGCCAGCGCGGGCUGGUGGAGGACGACUUCCUGAUGAAGGUGCUGGAGGGCAUGGCCUUUGCAGGCUUUGUGUCGGAGCGUGGAGUCCCCUACCGCCCCACGGACCUGUUUGAUGAGCUGGUGGCCCACGAGGUAACACGGAUGCGGGCAGAAGAGAACCACCCCCAGCGAGUCCUGCGUCAUGUCAAGGAAUUGGCGGAACAGCUCUAUAAGAACGAGAACCCAUACCCUGCCGUGUCCAUGCAUAAGGUCCAGAGGCCAGGGGAGGCCAGUCACCUGCAGCAGGCAUCCCGGCCAUUUCCCCGGCUGGACGAGAGCAUGGUGCAGUGGAUCGUGGACCAGGCCACAGCCAAGAUGCAGGGCGCGCCCCCCACGGUGAAGGCCGAGAGGAGGACCAGCGUGCCCUCGGGGCCCCCCAUGACUGCUAUCCUGGAGCGGAGCAGUGGGCUCCAUGGCAACAGUGCACGCCGGCUGGAGGUGGUUCGAAACUGCAUCUCCUAUGUGUUCGAGGGGAAGAUGCUCGAAGCCAAGAAGCUGCUCCCAGCUGUGCUGAGGGCUCUGAAGGGGCGAGCGGCCCGCCGCUGCCUCGCCCAGGAGCUGCACCUGCAUGUGCAGCAGAAUCGGGCAGUCCUGGACCACCGGCAGUUCGACUUUGUCGUCCGCAUGAUGAACUGCUGCCUGCAGGACUGCACCUCCCUGGACGAGCACGGCAUUGCGGCUGCUCUGCUGCCCCUGGCCACAGCCUUCUGCCGGAAGCUGAGCCCGGGGGUGACGCAGUUUGCAUACAGCUGCGUGCAGGAGCACGUGGUGUGGAGCACACCGCAGUUCUGGGAGGCUAUGUUCUACGCAGACGUUCAGACCCACAUCCGGGCCCUCUACCUGGAGCCUGCCGAGGACCAAGACCCCUUGCAGGGAGGGGAGGCGCCUGCACAGGACGAGCGCUCUGCCCUGGACGUGGCAUCUGAGCAGCAGCGCCUGUGGCCAACCCUGAGCCGUGAGAAGCAGCAGGAGCUGGUGCAGAAGGAGGAGAGCACAGUGUUCAGCCAGGCCAUCCACUACGCCAGCCGCAUGAGCUACUUGCUGCUGCCCCUGGACAGCAGCAGAAGCCGGCUGCUGCGGGAGCGCGCGGGGCUGGGUGACCUGGAGAGCGCCAGCAACAGCCUGGUCACCAGCAGCAUGGCGGGCAGCGUGGCGGAGAGCUAUGACACAGAAAGUGGUUUUGAAGACUCGGAGACCAGUGAUGUGGCCGGUGCCGUGGUCCGCUUCAUCAACCGCUUCGUGGACAAGGUCUGCACAGAGAGUGGGGUCACCAGCGACCACCUCAAGGGGCUGCACGUCAUGGUGCCAGACAUCGUCCAGAUGCACGUUGAGACCCUGGAGGCCGUACACCGAGAGAGCAGAAGGCUGCCUCCCAUCCAGAAGCCCAAGCUGCUGCGGCCACGCCUUCUGCCUGGCGAGGAGUGUGUGCUGGAUGGCCUGCGUGUCUGCCUGCUGCCGGAUGGACGUGAGGGGGGCGCAGGCGGUAGCGGUGGGGGGCCCGCACUGCUGCCAGCUGAGGGCGCCAUCUUCCUCACCACCUACCGGGUCAUCUUCACGGGGAUGCCCACCGACCCGCUGGUGGGGGAACAGGUGGUGGUCCGCUCCUUCCCUGUGGCUGCACUCACCAAGGAGAAGCGAGUCAGCGUCCAGACCCCUGCAGACCAACUCCUACAGGACGGGCUGCAGCUACGCUCCUGCACAUUCCAGCUGCUGAAGAUGGCCUUCGACGAGGAGGUGGGGUCUGACAGCGCUGAGCUCUUCCGGAAGCAGCUGCAGAAGUUGCGCUACCCGCCAGACCUCAGGGGCACCUUCGCCUUCACCCUGGGCUCCACCCACACAGUUGGCCGGCCGCCCCGCACUGCCAAGGACAAGGGUCCCUCCCUUAGGACUCUGUCUCGGAACCUCGUGAAAAACGCCAAGAAGACCAUUGGGCGCCAGUAUGUCACUCGGAAGAAGUACAAUCCCCCGAGCUGGGAGCACCGGGGCCAGCUGCCCUCUGAGGACCAGGAAGAUGAGAUCUCAGUUUCGGAGGAGCUGGAGCCCAGCACGCUGACCCCUUCCUCGGCCCUGAAGCCCUCGGACCGCAUGACCAUGAGCGGCCUGGUGGAACGGGCAUGCUGCCGGGACUACCAGCGCCUGGGCCUGGGCACGCUGAGCAGCAGUCUGAGUCGCGCCAAGUCUGAGCCCUUCCGCGUCUCCCCGGUCAACCGCAUGUACGCCAUCUGCCGCAGCUACCCUGGGCUGCUGAUCGUCCCCCAGAGUGUCCAGGACAACGCCCUGCAGCGCGUCUCCCGUUGCUACCGCCAGAACCGCUUCCCCGUGGUCUGCUGGCGCAGUGGGCGCUCCAAGGCUGUGCUGCUGCGCUCAGGGGGCCUGCACGGCAAGGGUGUCGUCGGCCUCUUCAAGGCCCAAAACGCGCCUUCUCCAGGCCAGUCCCAGGCGGACUCCAGCAGCUUGGAGCAGGAGAAGUACCUGCAGGCUGUGGUCAGCGCCAUGCCCCGCUAUGCAGAUGCUGCAGGUCGGAACACCCUCAGCGGCUUCUCUUUGGCCCACAUGGGCAGCCAUGUGCCCAGCCCCCGAGCCAGGGUCACCACGCUGUCCAACCCCAUGGCGGCCUCGGCCUCCAGACGGACUGCGCCCCGAGGUAAAUGGGGCAGUGUCCGCGCCAGUGGACGCAGCAGUGGGCUCAGCACUGAUGUUGGCUCCCGGCUAGCAAGCAGAGACAUGCUGGGUGCCCCCCAGGCCAAUGGGACCCCCCCCGACCCAGGCUUUCUUCGGCCCCAGCGUGCAGCGCUCUACAUCAUUGGGGACAAAGCCCAGCUCAAGGGCGUGCGGCCAGACCCCCUGCAGCAGUGGGAGCUGGUGCCCAUAGAGGUGUUUGAGGCCCGGCAGGUGAAGGCCAGCUUCAAGAAGCUGCUGAAGGCGUGCGUCCCUGGCUGUCCCACGGCUGAGCCCGGCCCGGCCUCCUUCCUGCGCUCGCUGGAGGACUCAGAGUGGCUGGUCCAGAUCCACAAGCUGCUGCAGGUCUCGGUGCUGGUGGUGGAGCUCCUGGCCUCGGGCUCCUCUGUCCUGGUGAGCCUGGAGGACGGCUGGGACAUCACCACCCAGUACCGGCAGGUGGUGUCCCUUGUGCAGCUGCUCUCGGACCCCUUCUACCGCACCCUGGAGGGUUUCCGUCUGCUGGUGGAGAAGGAGUGGCUGUCCUUCGGCCACCGAUUCAGCCACCGUGGCGCCCACACCCUGGCUGGGCAGAGCAGUGGCUUCACGCCCGUCUUCCUACAGUUCCUGGACUGUGUGUACCAGGUCCACCUGCAGUUUCCCAUGGAGUUCGAGUUCAGCCAGUUCUACCUCAAGUUCCUUGGCUACCACCAUGCAUCCCGCCGCUUCCGGACCUUUCUGCUCGACUCGGAUUACGAGCGCAUAGAGCUGGGGCUAUUGUAUGAGGAGAAGGGAGAGCGCAGGGGCCCGCAGGCGUGCAGGUCUGUGUGGGAGUAUGUGGACCGGCUGUGUAAGAGGACACCCAUGUUCUACAACUACAUGUAUGCGCCCGAGGACGCUGAGGUCCUGCGGCCCUACAGCAACGUGUCCAACCUGAAGGUGUGGGACUUCUACACUGAGGAGACGCUGUCUGAGGGCCCCCCUUAUGACUGGGAGCUAGCCCAGGGGCCACCUGAGCCCCCAGAGGAGGAACGGCCUGAUGGGGGCGCUCCCCAGAGCAGGCGCCGGGUGGUGUGGCCGUGCUACGACAGCCGCCCCCGGGCCCAGCCCGAUGCCAUCUCACGCCUGCUGGAGGCUGUACCUGGCUGUCAGCCACACCGAGGUUUGUGGUGGUCCGGGUCCAGCCUGCCCCACCCACCUCACGUGAGCAGCGGCUCUCCUGGGUUCUGCCUCGUGUGCCCUUCAGAGUGAGAUGCACCUGUGGGCCCGGAAGCCUGGGGCUUCAUGUUUGGGUCCUCCCUCUCCCUUUGCCAUCCUUGGUGGGCAUGUCUGCUUGGCCUCAGGAGUCAGGACCCAGCAGGGUGGAGACUGGGAGAGGGAGGAGGGCCCCAGGGGUGGGGGGUGGGAGCCGGGGUGGCAUAGAGGGCUGCACUCCAGUGGCCAGAUGCCCCAGGUGGCCCAGCAGCCAGGGCUGUGGCCUCUGAUGCAGACCAUGGGAGAACAACACAAAGAGGUGAGACAGGUGCCUGGUAUUGUAGGCCCCCGUCCCUGCAUCCCCUGGCUGUGUGGCUUUGGGGGGAAUCUUAAGGGUCCUAGAGCUGCUGUUCCUUGUGGGGACAGUGGGGUGCUGGUUCCUGCUUCUCAGGGUGCUGCUGAGGUACAAACAAGUGAUGUACCUUGACCCACACUGGGCCUUGCCUGAAGGCCUGCCACCCAGGGGCUUGGGGGAGCACAGGGGCAUGGUUCUUUGGAUGAAGGUGACCCACAAGCACAGAGCAGACGGGAGUCCCUUUACCUGUGGCGACUUGUCGUCUUGGAGUCUAAUGUGAACUGGGCCUCUUGGCGUCUGUGCAGCAUUCUCUGUGCCUUCACUUCCGACUGGUCUGUCUGUACAUUUAAGGUGAGUCUCUACUCAGCAUCUCAGCAUGAGGUUUCGAGUCUUUUUAUCCAUUCUGGCAGUUUCUUUUAUAGGAGUUUUCAGUCAGCUUACACUUAUUGAUAUAGUUGGGUUGAGGUUUUGCUGUUAGUUUUUUGUCUUAUUUUUUCUCCUUUCUUCCUUUAUUCUAUUUUUUUCCCCUAGCAGUUGAGUUUCUUUUAGAAUUCCACAGUAUCUACUUUACCUGGCUUCUGAUCGGUACCUCUGUGCGGUCUUCAUGGAUGUGUGAGAUACACUCCCUGCAGGGACCCACACAGCACCCCGCCCUCUCUGUCCCUUAGGCCUCUGUCGACUCCAUGUUUGUCUUAAAUGGUCCAUUUUUUUUUUUAAUAGGAAAUGAAAAAGCCGCCUGUAUUUUCCAUGUCCAGUAUUCACCCCUUAAGGGCAGGUCUGCUAAGGGAUCAUUUCCCUUCAGCCAGAAGAACUCCUUGUGUAGUGCUCCUGGGAGAGGGAGGAGAGGGCCCCAGGGGUAGGGGGUGGGAGCCAGGGUGGCAUAGAGGGCUGCACUCCAGCGGCCAGAUGCCCCAGGUGGCCCAGCAGCCAGGGCUGUGGCCUCUGAUGCAGACCGUGGGAGAACAACACAAAGAGGUGAGACCCAUUCCUCAGCUUUUGCUGACCUGAAAACAUCUAAAACAUCUCCAUUAAGCCUUUAUAAAGGGUGUUCUUGUUGGACGUAGAAUUCUACGUAGAAUUGACAGCGAUUCAUACUCAGCAGUUUAAAGGUGUUGCUUCAUUGUUCCCUGGCUCGCACUGUUUCUGAUUAAAAGUUGAUGCUCAUUCUUAUCCUCGUAAACUGUAUGCAGUGUCGCCCUUUUCACCUCUGACCACCUUUAAGAUUUCCUCUACAUCUUUGGUUUCCUCAGUUUGACCAUAAUGUGGUUUUUCUUUGAGUUUAUUCUGCUCAGAGCUCUUUAGGUUUCUUAAAUCUGUGGGAUGAUAGUUUUCAUCAAAUUUAAUACAUUUUAGGCCUUUUUUUUUCCCCAUUCAGUAAACAUGCAGAUUUACUUUAAAUCAGUUUGGUACACGAUACAAAUCGUACCAAGUUUCUAAAUGCAGCAGUGUCCAUGCCACAAGUAUCUGUAAGGCAAAAUAAGGUGUUUUGAUAGAAUUACAUCUCCAUGAACAAAUCUGAGGAAAAAAUCUAAAAAGGUUGCUAUAUACCACCGGGUUUUUUUAAAGCUCAAAUUAUUAAUGGGUUUUAUAGUGAAGAUUGAACACCAAAUUGCUUAAAGAAGGGGAGAAAGGCUGUGAGUUCUGCUGUGGGAGCCCUUCUUGCCAAACCCGGUUUCACACUGUGACUUUGUGGUAAGAGAAUCCAGAUCAUUUCACAGAAAUGCUGUAUGUGUUGACGAUAAUGUGCAGCCAUGUAUUCAUACCUACCUAAGCUACAGUUAUGCCGUUGUAGCUAUUUUUGUCACUUUCAAAGGAGCAGAAAUUCUGUACAUUUUCAAAUGAUAGGCCAUUGUUUCUUUGACUCUUUGAAAGGUUUCUCUGCUGUCUCUCCCUCCUUCCUUCUGUGACUUUAUUGUCCUCAGGUCACUAAGGCCCUGUUUGUUUUCUUCUCGCCAUCUGUCCCCUGCAGUUCAUCUGGACGAUUCCCAUUACACUAUUGUCAAGUUCCCUGCUCUUCUCUUUCUUAUUUUAAUAUGCUCUAAGCCUAUCUGAUGAAGUUUUCAUUUUAAAUGAUGUUUUUUGGCUUUAGAAUUUCCAUUUCGUUCCUUUUUACAUGUAGUUUUCAUUCUCUGUAGAGAUUCCCAAUUUGCUCAACCAUUAUGUCCAUCUUUUUAUAAAAACUUUUGUUGAGUCUGUUUGCUAAUCUCAAUACCUAUUUCAGUUCUGAUUCUCUUUAACCUUACCCCUAAGUAUGGAUUUCAUUUUCCUGUUUUCUUGUCUAAUAAAUUUUUUCUAAGUAUAA